AUGGCCUCCUCCUUCUCGUCAGUAGCCGCCGUCGCGGGCCUCUUGCUCUCCGGUGCGCACGCCCAGCUGGCCGUCGCGCAGAGGGCGCUCCCCGCGAAAGCUCAGAUCAUUGACCAAAAGAGCUUCAAUGUCUUGGAGGUCGUCCCGCCCCCUUCGGAGUUCAAUGCCUCGUCAGAAUUCCUCUGGCCCGGCGUCACGCAUGAAUCUCUCACCGAGAAGCCAUUCCACAUUUACGACCCCGAAUUCUACGACAUCAUCGGCAGCGAUCCGUCACUGACCCUCAUCGCGACCUCGGAGACGGAUCCCAUCUUUCACGAGGCAGUCGUAUGGUAUCCCCCAACAGAAGAAGUUUUCUUCGUCCAAAACGCCGGGCCCCCCGCAGCAGGCACCGGCCUCAACAAGUCCUCCAUCGUCCAAAAGAUCCGCCUCGCCGACGCAGAGGCUCUUCGCAAUGGAUCCCUGGGUACCAAAGAGGUCACAGUCACCACCGUCCCUUCGAACCCGCAGGUCAUAAACCCCAAUGGUGGAACAAACUACAAAGGCCAAAUCAUAUUCGCCGGCGAAGGCCAAGGCGAGCGCGUACCCUCGGCGCUGUACCUCAUGAACCCGGUAGAACCCUACAACACCACAAUCCUCGUAAACAACUACUUUGGCCGCCAGUUCAACUCCCUAAACGACGUCGUCGUCUCCCGCCGCAACGGCGAUAUCUACUUCACAGACACCCAGUACGGUUACUGGCAGUACUUCCGCCCCACCCCCGGCCUGCCGAACCAGGUGUACCGCCUCAACCCCACGACCGGCGCCUUGACUGUUGUCACGGACGAGUUUGUGUCGCCGAACGGCAUCACACUCUCGCCAGACGGCACAUACGCCUACGUAACAGACACAGGCAUCUCCCAAGGCCAAUUCGGCACAAACUUUACAAAGCCAGCAACAGUCUACCGCUUCGAAGUAAAAGAAGACGGCACUUUCGAAAACCGCAAAAUCUUCGCCCACACCUCCGCCCGCCUCCCCGACGGAGUGCACUGCGACUCCAAAGGCAACGUCUACGCAGGCUGCAACGACGGCGUCCACGUCUGGAACCCGUCCGGUAAACUCAUCGGUAAGAUUUACACGGGCACUACGGCGGCGAAUUUCCAGUUUGCAGGUGAUGGGAGGAUGGUUAUCACGGGACAGACGAAGCUGUUUUAUGCCACGUUUGCGGCUUCGGGUGUUGCGUUGACGUAG